CUUUUAUCACACACAACAACAUCUUUUUGGUGACUGAUUGUUCAGUAUCUGCUGUGGCCUCACUGAUUAGCAGACCAAAAGAGUAUAUAUCAGAGAUUGAAAUUCCAAAUGGCACCUUCUCUCGAGGAGCCGACCGCGGCCUAUCUCGAGGCGCGGUCGAAGAUGGCCCCGAAUCUGGUGGCUCCCGAGCCAGAGCAUUGCCCUGGACCCGAGUCUGAACAAGCAGGCAAAGGCGAUGCCUGUGCGGGGUGCCCCAAUCAAUCGAUCUGCGCAUCUGCGCCCAAAGGCCCCGACCCCGAUAUCCCCAUCAUCACCGAGCGACUAUCGCAAAUACGUCACAAAAUCCUCGUACUCUCUGGCAAAGGCGGCGUUGGAAAAUCUACAUUCACCUCUUUACUCUCACAUGCAUUCGCCGCAAACCCCGAAUCGACCGUGGGUGUAAUGGAUACAGAUAUCUGUGGGCCGUCGAUACCAAAAAUGAUGGGCGUCGAGGCGGAGACCAUCCACGUGAGCAAUGCAGGCUGGAGUCCGGUGUGGGUGACGGACAAUUUAGCCGCGAUGAGCGUGCAGUUCAUGCUGCCCAAUCGUGAUGAUGCGGUGAUUUGGAGAGGGCCGAAGAAGAACGGACUCAUUAAACAAUUCUUGAAGGACGUGGAUUGGGGUGAGAUGGAUUACUUGGUCAUCGACACACCUCCAGGGACAUCGGACGAGCAUCUGUCCGUCAACUCUCUUCUUAAGGAGUCUGGUGUGGAUGGCGCAGUGGUUGUCACUACCCCGCAGGAGGUCUCGUUGCUCGACGUCAGGAAGGAAAUUGACUUUUGCCGCAAGGCAGGCAUUCGCAUCCUGGGGCUAGUCGAGAACAUGUCUGGCUUUGUGUGCGGGUCGUGCAACACUAAGACCCAGAUCUUCCGGGCUACCACCGGGGGUGGAAAGCGACUCGCCAAGAAGAUGGGCAUUCCUUUCUUAGGCGCUGUGCCUCUUGACCCGCGGGUGGGAAUGGCAUGUGAUUAUGGUGAGAGCUUCGUGGAUCAUUAUCCUGACAGCCCAGCAUCGAUUGCGAUCAAGCAAGUUGUCCGCUCGGUUGCUGGGAUGAUCGGAGAGGAUCCCAACGACGUUUUGCCGGAAGAUGUGGCGGAGUGAUUCUUAUCAUAUAUAUGAUGUUUGAUUUGAUUUCACGGGCGUUCAGCAUUGGGAUAGCAAGCCGAGGUCUUUUCAUUUGUGGGUGUUUCGGGCAUUUUGACCAAGAAGUCAUUUAGAUACCAAAUCUUCAAACCUUUCUCUGUUUCCCGC